UGCGUGAGUGCGCACGUCAUAGUCGGUCUUCUAUCCUCGCGCCCUGUCCUGGAUCUCGCGAGACUCUGGCAGGGCGGAACUGGUGCGGGGGCCCCGCGCGCAGCCGGGCGGUACCUGUGGACGGGCUCUGAAGAGCUUACUUUGUAAUUGAAGAUGGCUGCUGAUACUUCUGUUGAAAUACUUCAAAAAGUUCUGGAGAAUGAAAUACUUCAGACUACCAAGGUAGUGGAAGAACAUCUAGAUGCUGAAAUGCAGAAACUGGACCAAAUGGAUGAAGAUGAAUUGGAACGCCUUAAACAAAGGAGGCUUGAAGCACUAAAAAAGGCUCAGCAGCAGAAACAAGAGUGGCUUUCAAAAGGACAUGGAGAAUACAGAGAAAUCCCAAGUGAGAGAGACUUUUUCCAAGAAGUCAAAGAAAGUAAAAAUGUGGUUUGCCAUUUUUACAGAGAUACAACUUUCAGGUGCCAAAUAAUGGACAGGCAUUUGACUGUAUUGGCAAAAAAGCACAUUGAGACAAAAUUCUUGAAAUUAAAUGCUGAAAAAUCUCCAUUCUUGUGUGAGAGACUGCGCAUCAAAGUCAUUCCCACUCUAGCACUAGUGAAAGAUGGAAAAACACAAGACUAUGUUGUUGGUUUUACUGACCUCGGUAACACUGAUGACUUCACUACAGAGACCUUAGAAUGGAGAUUAGGCUGUGCAGACAUAAUUAAUUACAGUGGAAACUUGAUGGAGCCACCUUUUCAAAGUCAAAAGAAAUUUGGGACCAGCUUUACAAAGCUGGAUAAGAAGACCAUCAGAGGGAAGAAAUAUGAUUCAGAUUCUGAUGAUGACUAGAAGAACAGCUAAAUGUGUUUGUAAACCAUCUUUUGUUUAUGCUUGGUACAUUUCUAAGAAUGUUUUUUAUAAAGCGUAUUGUUUUUCAUUACAUCUGCACAUAAUGCUCAUUUUUCUAUACAGUUUUAUACAACUGAGUUAUAGCAGAAGAAAACUCAAAUAUUUUUUCUUUUCUCUUUUGAAGGUCAGUUGUAAAUCAAAAAUCUGAGUCCUUCAAACUAAAUAACAUGGUAAAUGAAGUUUGUGUAAAUGUGAGUUUAUGAAGUGUUUUGGAAUAACUGUUAGAAACGACUGUACUGAGUUAGACCAAAGGUCCAUCUGGCCUAGCAUCCAGUCUCAGUGGCCAAAAACAGAUGUAAAGGGAAGAGUAGAAACAGGGUAAGCGAUUAAUGAUGCUUUCCCGGAAUAUACUUUGAGCAAUUUCUAGCUUGGGGAGCUCUAUCUGAAAGCAUUUGCUGGAUAAAAACUAAGGAAGAAGAAUUGCUUUUCAGUCCUUUUAGCAUCCCUUUAGCAUCCGAAUCGUAUGGCAGGAAGUCCACAGUUUAACUGUCUUGUGUGAAGAGUUAUUUCAUUUUGCUCUCCUUGAAUCUGACAGUUCCAUUUUUUUCUAAUCUAUUUAUUAGAGGAAACAGAAGACAAGAUUUCUCCCUUUCAGUUAUCUCUUAAAUUUAUUAUUACUUAUCAUACUCUCAGUAAAGGACACUUAAAACAAGCACCACAAAUAAUUAGUACAGAAAUUACACAUUUUUAACAAAUGAUUGCUUAUGGUGCCAUACCAUGACAUUGAGUAACUUAACUGCAUUGCAUUGUAAGUUGUAAAACAGUCAUACUUUUGGUGAAUUUUGAAAUAGGUGGUUAAGAGAAAUGCUUUUUUACCAUCUAUGUACACUGCAUGUUAAAGCUGAUACAGCAGGUUAUAGCACAUAGCAAGAAAAUAUUGAAAACAACCUUGUUCAGAGGUUUGUUUAAUUCUAUGGCUUUGAAUGUGUGAAUUUUAUAGCAAAUGCUUUGUACCAGAGAAUAGAUUACAGGAAAAUAUUCAAGAGAAACCUUGUUCUGUUAGGUUUAGAUGCAGUGCAGCAUACUUUGUACUGUUCUUCAGUAAUGGAGAGAAUUUUCAAGGGAGACCUUCCUUAGAACACAGCGUAAAGCUCAGUUUCUGUCUUGGUAAGGAGAUGAGUUUCUUUUUAGUUCAAAAACACUGUUUGCUGUGUGCUGAAAAACCCUUUUGAGGUGGUACUUCAAAUCCAUUUGGCCCAAGAAGCAGUAAAGUGGGUCUAGUCAGUCUUGCUGCCUCGUAGCGAAGAACACUUGUGAUUGGGCCAGCCCAGCAAUAUAUUUCUAUAAGUAUGUUUAAAAAAUUAUAUUUUAUUUCUGUUCAUGAACAUUGAAAUAAAAAUAUUUUAAUUCUAA